AGGGGCAAAACAGACUUUUACUUCCGGUGCAUGGCGUUCUCGCGUUUCCGAGCUUGGGGAGGCUCGAGUGAUAACGCGAGAGUCGGGAAAGGGCGCAGGGUUUGAAACAUGGCGGACGACGUGGACCAGCAACAAACUACCAACACCGUAGAAGAGCCCCUGGAUCUAAUCAGGCUCAGCCUGGAUGAGCGAAUUUAUGUGAAAAUGAGAAAUGACAGAGAACUUCGAGGUAGAUUACAUGCUUAUGAUCAACAUUUAAAUAUGAUAUUGGGAGAUGUGGAAGAAACUGUGACUACUAUAGAAAUUGAUGAAGAAACAUAUGAAGAGAUAUAUAAAUCAACAAAACGGAAUAUCCCGAUGCUCUUUGUCCGCGGAGAUGGCGUUGUGCUGGUUGCGCCUCCGUUGAGAGUUGGCUGAAACAAAGAAUUUAUACUACGUGGAAAUUAGGAGACUUUGUAUGAUUGCAUCUUUAAAUGUAGAAGAUAUUCAAAAGAGAAACCUGCGUAAAUUUUGAUAUUGAGAAAUGACCAAGGAUUCUUCUCCUAAAAUGAGUUGGUUUGCACAUAACCUACACAUUCUUAAGCUAAACGGCAUUUUUAUUUUUCUCUAACCCUUCCAACAAAUGUGAUCACCAAGAUGCAGCCCCUCUUUUUUGGGAGUUGAUUUGCUCCAUUGAUUUUUUUCAGACAAUUUCUGAUAUUUUUAAAUUUAAAUUAAAUUUGAUGCUUUCUUUUUUUUU